UCUCAGAAAACAAUGAUUUAUCUCUGCUUUGUCAUCUGGAUUUGCAUAAACUCUUGCUUCGCUCAACAGUAUUAUGACCCAUCAGAUUGUUCUUCAGAACCGCGCAAUGGUUCAAGAUACGAAUGCCAAUAUUCCUUCCAGAAUUCAUGCACCACAUUCCUAGUCUACAGAGCUAACAGACAUUUUCAGACUAUUUCAAGCAUCUCAGACUUGUUCAUCUUGAACUCCACCGAGGUGCUUCAACAGAACAGUGUUACAUCUUCUGAUGAGAUACUUAAACCAGGUAGAGAAGUUCUUGUUCCAACUAACUGUUUUUGCUCAGACCGUUUUUUUCAGGCAAAUGUCAGCUACAAAGUCCUGAGCAACUUAACAUUUUCUGAGAUUGCUUGUGGAGUUUUAGAAGGGUUACUAAACUCGCCUAUCCUUAGUGGGGCAAACCCAUCACAAGGAAAGGAGCCCGAGUUUGGUUCUGAACUUCAAGUGCCUUUGAGAUGUGCUUGUCCUGAUAAUUUCACUCCAAGUAAAAGAGUGAUUUACCUUGUGACGUACCCUUUUAUAGAAGGAGAUGAAAUAGGUACAUUGAGUAUUAAGCCAACUGUCUUUCCAAACACAACGGUUUUGAUACCAUUGACAAAAGUUCCAGUAGUGGAUUUCAGUGUCCCAGAUCCUCCACCUCCAACUCCUGCUUUUCUUCCCACAAUUUCCAAUAGAAAAAAACCAAAGAGCACAAAAUCAAGGAAUUUGUAUAUGGCGAUAUCUAUUGCUGGUGCGAUUCUGGUACUUGUAGCUUUGGUUGCAUGUGGUAUAAUGGCAUUAAAGAAAUUGAAGGGCGAGAAGUUCAUGUCUAGAAGCUCUCUAAUCUCUUGUUCGCGAGCUAGAAGCUCCCCAAGGUCUGCAAAUUCAUGUUUAUCUCCGGAUAUUCUUGUUGAAAUAAAAUACUCAUUGUUCAUGUACAGCAUAGAGGACCUCAAGAAAGCAACUAGAGAUUUCAGCGAAGAAAACAAGAUUGGCGGCGAGGUCUAUAAGGGGUUGAUCAAUAAUGUUGAAGUGAUGAUCCAACCGACAAGGUUUGAAAAAACCUGGCAGGCUAUUGAUUUACACUCAAAAAUUAAUCACAUCAAUAUUGUGAAUUUACAUGGUGUUUGUUAUGGGGAAGUUGACUUUUCCUGUUCUUAUCUUGUGUUUGAGUUCCCUAGCAAUGGCUGCUUGAGGCACUGCUUGUCUAAUCCUCUCCAGUGGCACAGGCGGACACAAAUUGCUUUUGAUAUUGCAACGGGGCUGCACUAUCUACAUUAUUGCACUUUUCUCCCCCUUGCACACUUGAGCCUGAGUAGUACAAAUAUUUUUGUGACUACAAAUUGGAGAGCAAAACUAGCAAAUAUUGGAACCAGUGCUGCUGUUGGGCCUGUGAAAGAAAUGGAUAGUAAAGAUAGUGUCAGAGGAUGGGUUGCACCAGAGUACCUUCAUCAUGGCUCAACUUCUGAAAAGGUAGACAUUUUUGCCUAUGGAGUUAUUUUGCUUGAGCUAAUCUCGGCAUGGGAGGACCUUGAUGGAAAAUCAUUCAAGGGAUCCAUCACAUUCUUGGGAGGAGCUAGUGAAGGUGGUUGUUUUGAACAAUUGAGGAGUUUCAUGGAUCCAUCUUUGAAGGAUGAUAAUCCUCUUGCAGAGGCUUUAUGUUUAGCUGUUUUAGCCAAGGCUUGUUUGGAAGAUGACCCUCUGCAUAGGCCAACUAUGGAUGAUAUCAUGAAAGUCCUUGCCAGAAUGGUAUGACUUUCAAUUACUAGAUCAUUAAGAACCAGAUUUUAUUUAUUACCAGGUCUAGUAAAACAUUCUUUAGUUAUUAAAUUUAUGCACUGUAAUAUUAUGGAUAUAUAUAAGGCCGGCUUCAUACUUAGCAUUACA